AUGGUCCACGUGUCUGCGAUAACGGGGCUGCUGGUGGGACCAACAGCAACAAACGAGGGGACCCUUCAGGAAGGCGAAGGGACAGCUGGUUCGGUGAGGGCUGCCAAUUUACCUGGUGAUUGCGCUGCACCAAGGGAGAGGGAAGGGUCAGCUGGUCGUGACCAGCCUACGGAUAUUAGUGAGGAGGAAUCGGAUGAGGAGGGGGGGGAUGGUGUGGAUGAGCACGGGGAUGACGACGCAGAGGACGAGGAUGAUGACGAUGACGAUGAAAAAGCAAGGGAUGUCACCGCAAUGGAGACGAGCCAACCCGAGAAGGUGACUGCCGCGGUCGACCCAGCCCUGCCCCAGGCUGCACCGACUGUCAAAGUGCCCGACACCCUUGUGGUCGCGUCAGGCUCGAACGCGAAUUCCACUGGUGCGGGUAAAGACAAGUCUACCCUCCAUAGUGCAGCACCCACGACAGCCAAGCAGUCUGGACGCGGGGCCGAAAAACGCACGCCUGGGGCUGCGCGGGUCAGAAAGCCAGCGACUCCUGCAGCCGCGGACGUCAAUCCACCGGCGGCCGCGGAAGGUCAGCUUGCAACGGCAAUGCCUGUAAUCACGAUCUCCGAUGACCCCCUCGAGAGGGUGAUGCAGUGUUUCGCGCAGGGCAGUGAAGUUGAUGGUGGGAGGAAGGGUGUUAGUAUUCGCGAUCCUCCCAGGGGCGGUUUGGGGAAGGUGGGAGAGCCUUGGCUGGGUGGCAAGAAGCGAUGGCUAGGGCAUCACUCGCUACAGGAGGUGCAGUACCUGAUCUCGGUCGCGCUCAUGCCAUACGACCACAGGGUUGACAAGGGCGUGGGCAUGUCAGACAAACAGUCGGCUGAAUGGGCAGAGGACCUCUCGAUCGCGAACCUUCUGCCCACGGGUCUCUUCACCACUAUGCAUCUCCACAAUCUGUGCGGCAGCGUCCAAAGGUUGAAGCACAUGUUUCGUGAGUACCUGACUUCCGACAACGAGAACACCAACGUCGUGGCGUGGUCCGCGGUUGUGGGGAUGGAAGCUGCGGACGAGGAACCAUCGGUCCCGGCGGGUGAGCCGGAAACUUUAUACGCUGGUGCUGUGGCAUGCGCGGUUGCUAUGGUGUGGCAGAUGUCUAAGGGAUCCACAGUGGACGAUGCCACGACUGUGGGCUACCGCACGGCAUUGUGCGCGGGCGCUACUGACUCUUAG